AUGUCAAUAAUGCAGCAUGAACUUAUUCUGAUAGAUAAGCUUGAAGAUGAAUUAAUUGAUAAUCCAGAUUUUUCGACUAGAACAGAGCUAAAUUUAUCUCUUGAUGAGACAUUUCAGAAGAAGCUAAAUGCAAGAGCUGAGCAAAUAGCAAGUCUGAAUUCUUUGGGAGAAGAAUUGAAUUCUGAUACGAAUGAAACCCAAUAUGAUCACACGGGAGCUUUUAUAUCUGGCUCUAAUCAAUUCUUGGUAACAAAGUCGAAAUUGAAAUUCAAAUAUAAAGAUUAUGAUGUUCUCGGAACUGAACUAAACGAAUGGUUUUCGUCUCAUGAUUUAAAUCAACUUAGAAUAUCUACUCUUCAAGUAGAUUAUGAAGCACACCUCAAAGACUUUUCACAGACAUAUAAUGAGGUAGAUGCAGAGUACGAGUUACUCAAAGAUUGCAUCUCAAAAAUAGGCAUAUCCUCAAUGAAUUGCAAUGAACUCAAUGCUUCUUUGAAAAGCUUACUAUAUUUUGCAUUUGGAAAAUACGGACAUAUUUCAACGAAGUCUCAGCAGUUGUCGGGAAUUGAUAAGAAUAUGAAGUACAUGUUUAAUUUGGGCCUUGGCGAUUCAUUGAUUGGAGCUCUUUGCUCAUUUAUGAAAGACAGGGUAAAAACAGACAAGUACAGAUCACAAUCAGAAGAUUUGGAUAAGCUAACCGAAGAAAAUUACUUUCAAUUGUUAACACUUACAUACUUCCUAUUGAGCGUCCUAUUGGGACAUGACUCUAGCAAUGAGUAUACUGAAUUACAAGGGAUAUUAAAUGAACAUGAUUUACUAACAUCUAUUGUCACUUUAAUCGAUAGCUGGAAGUGGAAACCCAAUAAAGCUUAUAGGAUUCGCAACUUAUUGUUUAUUGCUUGGAAAUUAAUCUUAAUUGAAAUGGGAGAUUCUGAGCAUCUUGACAGAUGUGAUGAAUUUUUAAACCAAAUUCAUGGUACUAUCAAUAAGCAUGGAGCGGAAGUCUCCGAGAAUAAGCUCACAUGUUCUCCUCUAGACUAUUUUACAUUCAGGGAAGAUUUAAUAGACAAGUAUCCAUUGUGUGACACAGACUCAUUGACUUCAAAGCCUUCGACAUAUUAUCAUCAGAAAUCGCCAUGUGGAGAAAGUGAUCAAGUAGACAUAGAGAGAAACUAUAACUACUUCAUGGCAAUCAAUAAUCAAUCCAAUUCACUUUCUAAUUUAAUAGCAAACCCGAGACCUAAUAAGUCGCAUUCAGUACAAAGUCAGCUACCUGCCCAAACGGUUCAUAUAGCUACUCCUGUCCCUUCUCCUCCUCUGACGCCCUCUGAUUACAUGUCUGGUGGAGAAAAAAUUAGAAAAUCUUAUCAAGUCAACCAAGGGUUGCCAUUCAUUUAUCCAGUAUCGGAUACAAUCAGAGUUCCUGCUGCAAUUCAAGAAGCUGAUUCAAUUUUAAAAGAUUCUGUUUAUGAAAGCUACUCUGAUAAACAAUUAUGGCACGAGCGCCAAAUAUUUAUGGCUCAAGAAAGAGGCUUUGUUGAUGAGUAUAAAGAAACCCCGCCUGAUGAUUAUAAGUUUGAGUAUAAUGAAGAGCUAUUCAAGAAGUACCCCGAUAAGGAGAAUGUCAUCAAGUCUAUAUUGAGAGCAGGUGACUUCUAUAGUAAAAACUUUGUUAGACUUCACUCCUUCGUUCAAGUGUUAGUGGAAACCAUUAAAGCUGUGGACUAUGAUUUUAGGCUCAAUUUUUCAGAGUUAGAAUUAAACUCAGAAACAUACUUUAGCAACAAAUGUGCUGCAGCAUCUUAUCAUGAUGAGGGCGCUAAGAAAGACAUUGAUUCCUUUUUGUUACAACAAGUUGAGCUUUAUAAGAUAAGACAUUUGACUUUGAAGGCAAGUAGUAGCAUUAUUAUAUUGAUGUUAAAGUGGUUUAAGAGAAAUCAUGUGUUGAAGUAUUACUACUUAUCAUCGAUACUUUUUGAUUUGCAAUACUUUAACGUGUUUCUCGAAUUUCUCAACAAAAGUUUCAAUAAUCAAAACUUACAAGUUCCCACUAAUACUACGAUUAUCGACGAUAGCAUUGCAGAGUAUGAAAUAAUUAUAAGCCAAAAUAUGCUAAUGAAUCCUGAAAUCAAGUUGCCUCAGUUUGAUUUCUUUAAUCGUUGCUUGAACAAGAUUCCCGAAAGGUUUACUUAUAGAUUCAUAAAUAGGGAAUCCAUCCUGAAGCUUCCAACUACUGUUGAAAGAAAUAGUCCGAGCAGUAUUCAAAUAUCUAAAUUCAAUCAGAACUUUUGCUUUGUUAUGGUAAAUUUAUUAAACAUUGCGAAUAAGAUACUAGUCAAAAGCAUCUUUCAGCGAAUAUUUGCUUUGAAUGAACAAAAGCCAUCUGAACUAUUCAAGAUGAUUCUUAUGAACUACCAAAAUAAAUAUUUGUCAUACCCAAUUUUGAAAAUGUUGAAGAAAUUAAUCCCCUAUCAAGGUCGAAAAUGGAAAUCUGUUAAUAUGGACCUUAUCUCCAUGAUUUAUUUAAAUUUAAAGCUAUCAAUGAAAGAUAGUUGGCUUAGUGGCCGAGAUUUGGAGAAUGACUUUAAUAAUUCUUAUGAUCAAGAAAUUGCCCUCAGAAGUCUUCUACAGUUCUACAAUAUUCGUAACUAUCGGGACCAAAUGAAAAAUCUUGGUUAUGCUGCCUCAGAAGAUAUAGAUAUUCAGGCUAUGACGCUUUAA